AUGUCCACCUCCGAGCUGCCAUCUUAUCACGUCCGCAACAAGCUCUAUGUCUCGCACUUCCUCUCGACAUGGAACUCUCGCCUGUUUGAAUUCGGUGCGGUCUUGUUCAUCUCAACAAUCUUUCCUGGCACCCUGUUUCCUGCUUCUAUCUAUGCUUUGACUCGCUCCGCCUCUGUUGUCGUCUGUUCGACUUUCAUUGGUCGUCUAAUCGACCGCUCUGAACGCAUGCAUCUCAUUCGUCUGUCGAUUAUUGGCCAGAGAGCAGCCACUGCGGCAUCGUGCUCGUUACUAUGGCUCUUAUUGUACUACGGCUACACAUCUCUUGAUUCGUGGUCUGCAAAAGCUGCACUGGCUCUUCUCUCCCUACUCGCCUGUACUGAAAAGCUCUCCUCGGUCAUCAACACCAUAUCUGUUGAGCGCGAUUGGGUUGUAGUGAUAUCCAAGAACAACGCCGAUGACUUGCAAGAGCUCAACUCUCAGAUGCGUCGAAUCGAUCUCUUCUGCAAACUCGUCGGACCACUUGCUAUCGCCUUGGUCGAUGGCUUCUCGACCAGCAUUGCUAUCCUUGUUACCUUCUGCAUGACUGCUGCUUCCGUCUUCGUCGAAUACUACGCUAUUGCAAGAGUCUACUACGAAGUUGAAGACCUUCAAGCACGCCCUCUACCAUCAGAAGAUCCUCAGUCAACAAGUAGCUCGUCAGCUGCACGUCGUGCUCGUCUAUUAUGUGGGAGCUGUAUCUCCUAUAUCCAACAUCCGGCCUUCUUCCCCUCGUUCUCUUUGUCGUUACUGUACCUCACUGUUCUGACUUUCGGUGGCCAGAUGGUCACAUAUCUCCUCUCAGUCGGCUUCAGUUCUAUCUCCAUCGGUCUCCUGCGAACAGUUUCGACUGUCUUUGAGCUCUCUUCCACAUGGCUUGCGCCAAAGGCCAUGCACAGAAUUGGUGCCAUCAGAUGUGGAAUAUGGUUUCUCAACUGGCAGAUUGUUUGGGUGGUAAUUGCGGCUACAAUGCUUUGGGUCGAGAUCCCUCCUAGAUAUGCUGUUGCUGGCUUGCUUGCUGGUACAAUCGCUAGUCGAAUAGGGCUAUGGGGCUUUGAUCUGUCUGCUCAAGUCAUUGUCCAAGAGGCAGUCGAGCCGGACCAGCGAGGUUCUUUCUCCGCUACGGAAGCAUCCGUACAAAGCAUUUUCGAGCUCCUAUCUUACGCCUCCACCGCAAUCUUCGCUCGUCCGGACCAAUUCAAGAUACCUGCCGUCGUCAGUGCAACAGCCGUUGUACUCGCUGGAUUGCUGUAUGCCUUCUUCGUGCGUCAACGAAGAGGCCAUCUAUUCCACGCUUCAAAGUGUCUCAAGCGCAGCGGUCGUCCGACAUGGCAGCCCCUUCUUCAAGAAGAAGAUGUUGAGAUGAGUUGA